AUGCCAGAUUCGCCGCAGGCAGCAAAUGCCCCUAAGCAGCCUCAACCCCCUACUGGAAGGAGUCAAACUGAAAAUUUGCCACGGCAGUCUGACUCUGCUAGGUAUUUGAAGGAAAUGCAAAGGGAAUUCCAGAGACAAAUAGCUGCUCUGCAAAAUCUAAUCGUCAGCCAGAAUGAGCAAAAUAAGUCCAGCGUUAACGCCCUGCGCAACGAAGUUCAGGCCAUCGCCAGAACGGUUGCUACCAACGGAAAUAAUGAGUCUUCCACAAACCUUAUGCCCCCAAACGACACAAAUGCUCAACGUCAAGCAAGUCCCGCGCAACCAAAUGGCGCGAACGCCCAAGCACAUCCUGAUGCUACACCUGGUGAGUCUUUUUCUAACCUUUCCUCUAACCCCCACAGCUGCCCACCAGCCAAAGCAAAAAAAAUCUAUCCCUUACCGAAAUUCGGAGGUCAGCCAGAAGAAUGGCAAGCAUUUAUUGAAGAUUUCAGAAGCACCACCGUCGAAUUGGAGUACAGCGAUAUACAUAACAUAAUGCGGAUUAGAGAAGCAUUGCAUGGACGAGCUAGAGAUACAGUGGAGUCGUUACUAACAUCCUCGAAAAAUGUAAGCGCUAUAAUUGAAGUUCUGUCGGAAACUUACGGACGGCCGGAGUUGCUAAUGAAAAGCCAAAUUGAAAAGGUUAGGUUAAUUUCUAACGUGCCGGAAGGAAAGCUCGAACCGUUAAUAAAUUUCGCGAUUAAAGUCAAUAAUAUGUCGACAUUUUUGAAAUCCGUGCAAGGAGAUCACCAUCUAGCCAAUCCGUCUUUAUUGAGCGAGUUAGUAACAAAGCUGCCUACCUCUAAGCAAAUGCAGUGGGCGGAGAAAUGUCUUUCGUUGGAGCGAUGCCCGAAUGUAGAAGACUUCAGUAAGUGGUUGAACGCUUUGCGAAAACUUGCGAAUAUGGUAACCGACAGUUUACCUUCUGCGACGGCUGCUGGUAGCCGCCGUACUCAAGACGUUGCGCCACAUCCUCAUCCACCGAAAGCUAAUAAGUAUUCUUUUUUAAGCGUUGCUCAAAGCAAGUGUAGUUUUUGUCAGGGUGAAUGCGCAGCACUUAACGCGUGCCCACAGUUUAUUAGUAUGGGCGUCGAUGACCGAUGGAAAAAAGUGAAAGAACUACGAAUUUGCUUUUCAUGCCUUAAGCCAAAUCAUCCAAUGUCGAAAUGUUAUGUCAAAAGACGUUGUGGGAUAAACAAUUUCGCGCGUUUACAUAAUCGUCUACUACAUCCUAACGAAACCCGCCAUAAUGGUCAGUCGAACUUGCAGCAAUCAGCGGAGACAACAGUUGCGAGUUUGAUCGACCGUAGAAAUUGUCAUGCUGAUACAAAAAACGAUGGAGUACUCUUUCAAAUCAUCCCAGUCAAGCUCUACCAUGACAACAAAGAAGUCUCAAUUUAUGCUAUGGUCGACGACGGAGCGGAUGCUACUAUGUUGGAUUGGAAUAUAGCACAUGAACUUGGUCUUAAGGGCUGCAAAGACUCGUUACAGCUGCAGUGGUUGAACGGGGUCUCGUCACAUGAGUCGACAGAAAUUGUGCAAUUAACCAUAAGUGGCACUGAAGCUGAAAGCCAACGGUAUUUGAUGUCUAAAGUAUUUUUAUCGAAAAAGUUAGCUUUGCCGAUACAAAGUUCUUUAAAAGAAACCACACUUCAGAAAUAUUCACAUCUGAAUGGAGUACCGACUUACAAAUAUAAAAAUGUACAUCCGAAAAUGAUAAUAAGUCUUUCACAUGCAUAUUUAACUACUCCUUUAGAUAUACCACGGACAUCUUGCAACCCUGGCCCUAUUGCUGUAAGAACGAGGUUGGGUUGGAUAAUUUACGGUCCUGUCGGAGAAACUGCAAGUACGACGAAAAGAAUAUUUCAAACAAAAAUUAUUACAAGCAGUGUCCAUGAACAAGAAGUUGAACAAAUUAUGCGUAACUAUUUUGAGGUCGAAACCUGCGGAGUCAAGCUUGAGGUGAAACCGGUUGCGUCAAAAAGCGAAGAACAUGCAAUGAAUAUUUUAAACUCUACCACAAAAUAUUUGAAUGGUCGUU